AUGAGUCUGACAAACCCUCCUUCCUCCUCCGGUUCGAUCUCUGCCCGAGCCAAGACUGUCGGUCAGAAUCUUAAACGGAGUCUCCAGGCCACCGUCGAUGAGACCCUGGACGCCCGCAGACCCGGCGGGUAUACGAGCAAAGUUCGAGUGCGUGAUCGGUAUCAUAUCGUGGGCUUCAUCAGCAGUGGUACCUAUGGCCGGGUGUAUAAGGCGAUCGGCAAAAAUGGCCAGAAGGGGGAGUUUGCGAUCAAGAAAUUCAAGCCGGACAAGGAAGGCGAAUCGAUCCAGUAUACCGGUCUCUCCCAAUCAGCCAUCCGUGAGAUGGCUCUCUGUACCGAACUCUCGCAUGCCAAUGUUGUCCAGCUGGAAGAAAUUAUCCUAGAGGAUAAAUGUAUAUUCAUGGUGUUUGAGUAUACGGAGCACGAUUUGCUUCAGAUCAUCCAUCAUCACACACAACCCCAACGACACGCGAUUCCUGCCACAAUGGUCCGGUCGAUCCUUUUCCAGCUGCUCAACGGCUUGUUAUAUCUGCAUACCAACUGGGUCUUACACCGCGACCUCAAGCCAGCCAACAUCCUGGUCACGUCCAGUGGAGCUAUCCGAAUUGGUGAUUUAGGUCUGGCCCGUCUUUUCUACAAACCCUUGAACUCUCUAUUCUCCGGAGACAAGGUGGUUGUCACAAUAUGGUACCGAGCUCCAGAGCUUCUCCUUGGAAGUCGACACUAUACCCCGGCCGUUGACAUGUGGGCAGUGGGAUGCAUCUUCGCCGAACUCCUCUCCUUGCGUCCAAUCUUCAAAGGCGAGGAAGCCAAGAUGGACAGCAAAAAGACGGUUCCUUUCCAGCGGAAUCAGAUGAUGAAGAUUGUCGAGAUUCUCGGCCUUCCUCGCAAGGAAACGUGGCCCGGUCUCGUCGCUAUGCCCGAGUAUACUCAGCUGCAGUCACUAGUACUGCAUCGACAGCCAGCACAUUUCCACCGCGGUCCUAACCUCGAGGGCUGGUAUCAGAGUUGUCUCAAGAAUGGAGGGUACUCCGCGACCUCGAAAACGGGGACCCCAGGCGCAGAUGGCUUUGAUCUUCUUUCACGAAUGCUCGAGUACGAUCCGACAAAACGGAUCACGGCUCAAGAAGCUCUAGAGCAUCCCUAUUUCGCCAAUGGAGGCCCUAUUAGCGGGGACUGUUUCAACGGCAUCGAGCACAAGUACCCGCAUCGCCGGGUCUCCCAAGAUGAUAAUGAUAUACGCACGGGUAGCUUGCCUGGUACAAAGCGUAGUGGUCUGCCGGAUGAUUCGCUGUUGAGGGCCACCAAGCGUCUAAAGGAGUGA